UUUACAAACCGGAAGAAGACAUGUUUCAUUUCCCCUGAAGAUCUCUUGCUCAAACAGCUGCAUCUCACGGGGCAUCGAAAAGCGACAAACAACGUGUUUUUCCCUCACGGCUUUGCAUCCACGUUACAUAGACAGAGUCUGUGGUCAGCGCAAACAUGUCGCACACAAUUUUGCUUGUCCAACCGACCAAGAGACCUGAGGGCCGCACAUAUGCUGACUAUGAGUCAGUGAAUGAAUGUAUGGAAGGUGUUUGCAAAAUGUACGAAGAGCAUCUGAAGAGGAUGAACCCAAACAGUCCCUCCAUCACUUACGACAUCAGUCAGUUGUUUGACUUUAUUGAUGACUUGGCAGAUCUGAGCUGUCUUGUGUACAGAGCUGAUACUCAAACAUACCAACCAUACAACAAAGACUGGAUCAAGGAGAAGAUAUAUGUCCUGCUGCGGCGUCAGGCUCAGCAAGCGGCAAAGUAAAAGCACUGGUGAAGUGCUGUCCUGCUACACACAUUUCGAAGGAGCUUACUGCACAUUGGGGGGGAAAGGAAGGGGAAGAAAUGCGGUAAAGUCAUAACUUUUGGGCUUUAUGUAGAAAUGGAGUCGUGCUUGGCAGCAUACGUGUUUUUAAUUAGUUACACUAUGAUGGGAGUGGGGCUAAUGGCUGCAAGGACUAACUUAUUGAUGGAGAGGGAUCCCUGCUUGGAGAAACGCUCACCAGGCUAGAUAACUUUUUUUUUUUUUUUUUUCUUUAAAGUAGUGCGAUUCAGCUUCUGUAAAAGUGGAUGUUCUUGUUUUGUAUACCUUUACCGGGCAGUUGGAUUUGAACAUGCUGUGGAUUUUAAAUGCAGGUGAACGACAAUACAUGUCUGCAGACUGACCCAGAAGAUUUAUUUUCCACAUUUCAUCUGUUUAUUAUUAUUAUUCUUAUUAUUAUUCUUAUUAUUAUAGCCUACCAUUGUAAUGUAAAAUGCUGUUUUUGUAAACAUUUGCAUAGAAUCCUCAUUUCAGCUGUCCUUGUUUCUUUGAUUUAAAUAAAACUAUUGUUUUCUGA